AUGAGCGGGAAGCGUGGGGAUCCCAAGGGCAAAUAUUUUCCUUCCAUCCGCAUUAUGAUGGCAGGUACAUUCGCAGACAAACAAUUAGGGUACCGAGAACGAAAGCAGGCGCUGUCGAACCUUAUCCAGACCUUCCUGGCGACAUUCGCAGAUAUCGGGGUGGAGACAUGGCUUAUGCAUGGCACGCUGCUGGGCUGGUGGUGGAAUCGGAAGAUCCUGCCAUGGGAUUCCGAUUCCGAUGUCCAGGUUUCGGAGGCUUCGAUGCAUUACCUUGCUUCGUAUUACAACAUGUCUGUAUUCUAUUACAAGACGCCGCGGAUACCGGAGGGCAGGGACUACAUGUUGGAAGUCAAUCCCCAUUAUGUCAACCGGGAGCAGAGCGACAAGUUGAAUGUUAUUGAUGCCAGAUGGGUGGAUACUACGAGCGGGCUGUUUAUCGAUAUCACGACUGCGAGAUACAAUUAUACCCACCCAGCGGGAGAGGGCAUGUUGAGCUGCAAGGAUGGUCAUGAAUAUCGGGACACAUAUAUUUUCCCGCUACGAGAUACCUUUUUCGAGGGAGCACCUGCGAAGAUCCCGUUUGCAUACAAAGAGCUUUUGGAGGCCGAGUACAAGGAGAAGGCAUUGACCUUGACCGAUUUCGAGGGACAUCACUUCGACGAAAACAAACUCGAAUGGAUCCCCGUACCCAAGAAAAUCGACCCCAAAGGCGACGCCGAAAAGAAGAAGGCCGAAGAGGCGAGGCAGAAGAAGGAGGAAGAGAAGAAAAAGAAGGAGCAGGAACACAAGAACAAAGUCGAAGAGGUCAAGAAGAAAGCUCAAGACGCCCUGAAAGCCGAUGAACAGAAGAAAUCCGACUUAGUGCCGCCAUCUCCACCUCCUCAGAAGGGCGAGACAGCGAACGCAGCGCCUCAGGGCCAAAAACCGAGUACGCGGAGCGUAAGAGAUGAACCGCCGGUUUCGAAGCAGCCCGCGAAGCCAGAUCCUGAUCCUCCGACUGCGCAGAAAGCUGCGGAGGAGAAGGUUAUCAAAGCCGAUGAGAAGCGGGAUGAGGCUGUGAAAGAGGCUGCGGCGGUUGCUCCGUGA